UUCCCCUUCCCCCAGCGAUAGGUAUCGUUCGACGCCGCAAUGGACGUAUUAAACUAUGGAAAAACCUUUCUCCAUGACGUGUUGACGCGGGUCGUGCCCCGAAAUUUUUUUCGGAAUCGUUUAGCCAGUAUGCCUAUCUCAGAAUUCAGAAAGAAGAAACUCUUGUACAUCUUCAAUGUAUUUUUUGAUGUUAACCAAAGUGGGACCAUUGACAAAAAGGACUUUGAACUGGCCAUCGAAAAAAUUUGCUCAUUAAGAGGAUGGGCUCCAGGCAGUGACCAAUACAAAAAAACUUAUGACAGCAUGAUCCAGAUUUGGGACGGCCUCAGACAAAGAGCGGAUGCCAACCAGGAUGGACAAGUCAGUGUUGAGGAAUGGGCCUCGAUGUGGGACGAGUACGCGAAGAAUCCCGGCAACGCCCUCGACUGGCAGAACCAGUACCAGCGGUUCAUGUUCGACCUGGAGGACGCCAGUGGCGACGGCUCCAUCGACGUGGAAGAGUUUACCAGCGUGUGCUCCUGCUACGGCCUGGAGCCGCAGGAGUGCAGAGAAGCCUUUGCCAAAAUUUCAGGGGGACAGAAGGAAGUGAACUUUCAACAAUUUCAGUCGCUGUGGCAACAGUUCUUCGUGUCGGAAAAUCCAUCCGAUCCAGGAAACUUCAUCUUUGGGAAAACUAAGUUUUAAAGAAGCUGAAACAACACUGGACCCUUCUAUUCCUUCCCUUCCUUCAUAACCUCCUUCAAAAAUUCAAAAAAAAAUAUAUAAGUAUUAUUCUACUCGUUAUAAUGAUUGUAUACUUAUAAUUAUAAUGUUCUUACAUAUCUUAUAGGUGUACCGAAAUAAUAAUUGUUAGACAACUUUUUGGUGAUGGUGUUUAUAUCUAUAUUAUUAUCAUUUUUCAAAUAUAGAACUUUUGGUUGUA